GUUCAAACCAGCUGGGCAGAAAAGUUCUGGGGAGCUUUUUGGCAGCAGAGCUGCAGCCGUUUCAUUCAGAAAACUUGUAGUUGAAGUGAUUGUUUUUAGCGAAAUUCGGUCGAGCUAACUCAAAAGAUAAACAAGUCCGCUUGUUGUUUCCAAGCCUCUGUUCAAAUCCAAAUGACGAAUAUUUCGUGCAGUUAUGUUAUGCUGAAGUGCACAAAGCGCCAUAAAUUAUAAAAUUAUUAUAGUUCAAGCAAAAAGUAAAAUAAUAAAAACUAUUUCUAUAUCAGCAGUCAAUUGCCAUUGAUUAACCAUUCUAAAAGUUUUCUAAGCCUCUAACAAAAAGAGAAAAAAAUCAGUGAAGUGUUAAAAAGCAACAAUAAAUAUUGUAAACACAUACAUAUACAUGUGCAUGUAUGUUUGUACAUAUAUACAUACAUACAAAGCACUUGCGAAAUAAAUUAGCUACGCCUGAACAAAAGAACUGAGGCAAUAAAAGGAAUAAUGCUCAAGCUGUUCGUGUUGCCAAUAAUAACGAUAUGUCUAUUAUUAACGAACGUUAACUCAGGUGUGCCAAUUGGAACUGGUGGACCAUCGCUGAUAUUCGAAAACAAAGACGCGCUGUUAACCUGCGUGGUCUCUGAAAACUCAGGCAACAAUACAGUAAUAUGGAAGAAGGGUGAGGAGAUCUUGACGGCUGGAACGGUGCGUGUUACCAAGGAUAAUCGUGUUAGAGUUUUACAUGAUGAGAAUCCAAGGGGGAGUGAUUCGAACGUGGGCGGGGAAGUUUGGGUGUUACUGAUAAAAGGCUUAAAGACAAUUGAUUCGGGUGCCUACAUUUGUGAGUUGAACUCCGAUCCCGUAUUGCGCAGUAUUCACAUAUUGACAGUUAAGGAGCUGUCAACUAUACCGGGCUUGCAGGUCAAUGUGACAGAUCCAGUUGCCUCUGAAUCUACUGAUGUUUUUCUUUUGCCACCGCCCCUCAACGCGCAGGACAACCGUAGCUUUUGGCGCACAAGUCAAUCCCCCCCUCAGCUAACUCAUGAUUUUACCGAGUGCUGUGAACAUGCGAAUGUCUCUACUCAGUGUAUGGGCUUUUGCAACGUUCACAACAUAUUGGAUGGCACAACAGGCAUCGAUCCCGAGGCUUGCGAAAAGGACUUUCCGAGCAUAGUCAGAUGCAUGGCCGAUGGCCGUAACCAUGUGCCAUGUUGUGUGGAGAAGCAAAUACCGGAUCUGUGCCAAGAUAUGUGUCGUGGUGAAUAUACACCAUUUACAGACAAAUUGAAGACACGCGUUUCGUGUGUGCAGCACACCUUGACUGGUCUUCAGUGCAUUCUUAAGGGUAUUCAGUUGAUACCCAGUACACCGACGCUAGUCUCAAUAGAUAAUGUGAGCGAAACAAGUGUAAACAUAAGCUGGUCUCCACCACAAAAGCUAAGCGACCAAGUCUCAUAUUAUACUGUGAACCUGACAGUCUUGCAUAGCUUCGACGAAGAUGAGCUGAGCGGUGAGGUUAAGCAUCAAAUUAAAGAUGCUCCCGAUGCGGAGCAGUUGAUGUUGUACAAUGUCACUGCCAAUCAAACAUUCCUUUCGCUCGACAAGCUCACCCCCCUCACUAUGUAUGCUGUUAUAGUGACGGCCGUCAACGAGUUUGGCACUAGCUUGCCAAAUGAGCGUCUUCGUUUUUUCACACACACCAGCGCAUCAGUGGCUGAGUCCCAGGCGGGCAGCCCGGACAAGCAGGUGAUGCCCACCUUACCCGACAUACGCAGCUGUUGCGAAUCGAGCGGGAUGACACAUCGCUUGUGCAUGGACAAGAUGUGCGAUCCGCAGAAAACGGACUUGGCUACGCUGCCAGACCUAAUGGUUUGUGCGCCAUGGUCGAACAUCACCUUCAGUUGCUUGGCCAACAACAUUGAUCAUACGCCCUGUUGCAGGGCCCGUGGCAUACCCGCUGCAUGCUUUCCGAUAUGUGCUGGGAAGCUGACAUCGCUGGAUUUCAGUUUGUUUAAAUGUCUGCGCUUUAUGUCUGAGUAUAGCAGCUGUCUAUAUCAAGGCUAUGGUGUGCUGGCUGAUCCUCCAUCUAAGCUGCGUACAGUUGCAAAAACAGAUAAUUUUGUCAUUUUGGAUUGGAAUAAUCCGAAGCGUCUCGGCGACACUGUAAACACUUAUCACGUCAAGUUCCGACGUCUCGGCGUUGGCGAUGACUAUCUGACUGUGGAAAAGCGCCAGCCGCCACUCAUUCUUGAAGGCCUGGAGCCCGACAUCUAUUACGAGUUCUAUGUGGUAUCAAUUAAUGCGUACGGAAAAAGCGAGCCCUCUCCACGUCUUAUUACUCGGACACUCCCAGCUGAGCUGGUCACAGCUCCUGUUGCCAAAUACAACAUGUCGACGUGCUGCAAAGCUUCAGGACUACUGCCACAAUGUGUCCCUCUUUGUUCGUACAACAUACGGCUGUCAGACAUUGAAAAUCUCGGUCCGGCAUGCCGUGCCCAAAUGCCUAUACUGGCACGCUGUGCAGCCGGCGGACGUGACCACAGCCCUUGCUGUAGUAGACGCAGCGUUAUAAACGCAUGCAUGCCACUUUGCCGCGGCGUCAUGCCACUGGCGCUGACCACCAAAUCGACAACAGGAGCAUCAGCAUCAGGAGCUGGCGCUGCCAUCGGCAGCAUGUCCUCGUCAACCUCCUCUACGUGGGCAAGCAAUAUGCCCGACUGCUUGUCAUACGCUGGUAACAUUUUGCAAUGCUUUGAGGAAGGCACCAAUAACAUACCAGGGCCACCAGAAGACGUCCAUGCAACAUCAAUUACCAGCAGAAGCAUUAGUAUAGCCUGGACUCCACCCAAUUUGGACAGAACAACUCCUUAUCAAAGCGACACGAUAACUGGCGAUGAACUAGAAGCUGCCAGCAGCGUUGUGGCUGGUGAUGUUACAACAGCUGCUGAUACCAUGCAUUUACAGCAACCAUCGAGCUCCACUACUGCGACCGACGCUGCGCACGAUGCUAAUGAUGCCAUUGAAUUCGUAGUUCAGUAUGGCCGAGUCAAUAACAUGACCAUCUACGAGACUGUUGCCAAAUUGGAAAAUGAAUUGACCACCAACGAGACUAGCAUAGAUCUGACCAACUUGGAAGAAAAUGCCUUAUACCGCAUUAUGGUUGUGGCGCGUGGAAAAUUUGGUACAUCGCUGCCGGCAUCGAUGCUGCUUAUAAAUACGACGGCCUCUGGCGAAAAAGCUCUAUAUCCCAAUGAUACAUGGGGCGCACCAUCUCCGCCCCACUCACUGACAGUGCUUACUCACAGCGCGACCUGGAUGCAAUUAACCUGGCAGCCUUCUGAGUACUCGCAUCCACAUGAACGCAUCACGUACAGAGUCUACCAUAAAACGAUGAACUUUGUUGACUUUACCAAAAUCGAAACGAAAUUGGCCUGGCUGCGAAUAACAAAUCUAAAGCCAAGCUCCCAACAUGUGCUUUAUGUGGAGGCGGUGGGCGAGCGGGCUACCUCGCUGCCCUCAGAGACUCUUGUGGCGUGGACAGAUCCGGCGCUGCCCGCCUUUGUGGAUCCCCCAACUGUACAUCCGGCCGACAACAUACCUGAGGGUGGAUCGAUGACAAUUCUCUGUCUGGCUCUGGGUAACCCAGCUCCCACCAUAUCGCUGUACGUAGGGGGCCACUUAGUGCGUCAAGACACGUCUCGACAUAUGGUGACAGUCAUACAUAAUGUCUCCGCGGAUAUGGAACACGUUUCCUGUUACGCGGACAACGGCUAUGGUGUGCCCAUGCAGGCCACCCGACGCGUUAAUAUUUGCUAUCCACCCAAGAUUCAGGCGGCUGGCAUAACUGUCGCUUCUAUUGGGGACGAGGUUGAACUGCGUUGCAUGGUUGACUCGAAGCCCACGCCCAAGACCAUAUUCUGGCGCGAUCAUGACGGCCGCAUACCCGUGCCACAGGGUGGAAACUACUUUGUGUCGGUCACAAAUGUGUCAACAAUUUAUACGAUGGUACUGCGCAUCAGCAAGCUGCAAGCGAACGAUGUGGGCGACUAUUUCUGCCAUGCAGAUAAUCCAUUUGGAUCCUCCACAACGCCAGUGUCGGUGCGAAUACGCAGUACUCCCAGCCUUAAUCGCAACGUGUCACAAUGCUGUUCCGAACAAAAUGUUUCCUUGCCCUGUCGAGAUGCGUGCACCUACUACGUGGACUUUGACGCCAUAGCCAACCGACCCGAAUGCAUCGUCGACUUCGACAAGCUGAUGAAGUGUGCGGCCGAUGGGUCGGAUCACAGAUCCUGCUGUGCAGAUGAGCAGGUGCCUCGUAAAUGUUUGAACUGGUGCCGUGGUGAAUCUGUGCGCUCGAAGGAAAUCUGCAGUCUACAGUAUUCCAGGACCAUCAUUGGAUGCUUUGAAAAGAAUCGUGAUCGACUACCAGGACCACCAGAGAAUAUUGUAGUGAGUGUGCUGUCGGACAACGAGGUGAACAUUAAAUGGGAUGCUCCAACAAAGAAUCCAAAUGCCGUCGACGGCUAUAGAAUAUAUUACCAUGAGGCCGCCGUGCUGCCGCCAUCGUCGGCGGCGCAGCCAAACGAAUCUUCGAUGGAGCCUGGCCUGGAUACAGUAGCCUCCAUGAAUAAUGCAACAAGUUUAGGCAACAGCAAUGGCAACAACAACAACUACAACAACAAUAUGGCAAUAGCAGGCGCUGUGGAAAUUCAACGCAUCGACGUAAAGGACACAACAAUAAGCAUUAAUGGUCUGAAGAAGGACGUGCUCUAUGAGCUGGUGGUAAAAGCUGGCAAUACAUACGGUGCCAGUGUACUUACCGAUCCGAUUAGAUUCACACUGGGUGAACAGCAGGUGACCUCGGCGACCAGCAGCUACUCGAGCGCCGUGGGCACCAUAAGCGGCAUUGUAGCAAGCAUUUUGGCCAUCCUCUUAGCGGUGGCCGCCAUUGUGUUCUAUCGACGACAUCGCGGCCAUAAUGGCAAGGCAGUCAACGGCAAUGUUGCCUUCGAGAAUCCCACAUACACACGUGGGUUGGAGCAGGUACAGUUACCAACUGUGACGUCGGCCAUCACAACAACACAAAAUGGAAACAAUCACACGCAUGGCAGCAACAGCAACAGCAACGGCAACAGCGGCCACUGCAGCACCAGCAGCGGUGUCGGCACAAAUAAUGGCAAUCACAAUGGCAUUGCAGCCACAAUGACGACGUCCACAUCCACGGCGCUUGAUACGGGGAGCAUAGUGAAUGGGAGCAGGCAGCAGCAGAAACAGCUGCGAAAUGGCCGCAGUGUCACUGAUGCGGCCCAUCAUUUUCACAACCCGCUUAGUAAUACGCAGUGCAAUGAAGUAAAUCCCUCGAUUUAUGAAGAGCUCAAACUCGGGCAAGAAGGUGCUGGAUUUAAGAAACUUGUGUCAUAAAUGACACAGCACACACUCACAUAAAUGAGAAGCGCUAACAGCGCCUACAAGAUCCGAAACUGAAACACCAACAUCUCAAGUUUAGCUAGUUAACUUACAUAUAUGUGCAUGUGUAUGCGCAUGUAUCUAUGUACCUAUCUACUUAUGUACAUAUUCACAUUCGUAUAUACAUGCUACAAUGUAGUCCGUACAAUCG